GUCUUUAUGACAAACCAACUCUUGUUAAUGCGUGAAGCUUACCCUGGGCAAACUAUUCAAACAAUCUACAAAUAGUUUUGAAUUUCAACAUCAAAUAUUACUUUUGUGAGUGCCAAAGGGAGUUAUGUCGUAAAUAAAAUUAAUAGUUUAUACAAAAUGAGAGAACAUGGAGAAGUGUGCGAUGUUUUAGAGGCUGAAGUAUCGGACAGCGUUUCUGUGGAAGCCGAGGAUGAAGCGAAGGAAAGACUGGAGAAAGUUCUAUUCGGCCAUUUAGACAACCUUCCGCCAUUAAGUUCCAGAAUUGUCAGGAUUUUUACAAGUUCCACUUUUACAGAUACAACUUUAGAAAGAAAUUGUUUAAUGGAGAAAGUAUAUCCACAGUUGAAGGAAUUCUGUCGGGAACGCCAUGGAUUAGAAUUUCAGGUGGUUGAUAUGAGAUGGGGAGUAAGAGAUGAAGCUACAGAUGACCAUAUGACUACUCAUCUAUGUAUGCAGGAAAUAGAUAAUUGUCAGAGACUGUCUGUUGGACCAAAUUUCGUGGUUUUUCUUGGACAGAAAUAUGGAUAUCGACCAAUACCUACCCAUAUACUGGCAUCAGAGUUUGAAAUGUUACGUGAAUGUGCCCGUAAUGUUCAGAGUGAGUUGAAUUUAUUAGACGAAUGGUACCGACGUGACAACAAUUCCGUACCGCCAGUAUACGUAAUUCAACCAAUCAGUUCUAUCCUUACAAACUUCAAUAACAAGCGAUCCCAAAGACUACAAGAAAUUGAUCAAGCUCAGUGGUGGGAAACUUUCAGUAAACUUCAGAGGAUAAUCCGCAAAUCAGCCCAAGUUCUUUUUAUAACAAAGAAAAUCGACAGAGAACAAAUGCAUAACUACUUUAUGUCGGUGACAGAAAGAGAGAUUGUCAGAGGUUGUCUGAAAGCUCCUGAUCCAGAAGAUCAUUGUCUAGCUUACAUCCGAGAUAUUUCGAAUAUCAACGUCACUCUUCUCCGACUUGCUGGCAAAUUUGUUGAUUUUGCAGCCAGGAAUUUAGAUGGCGAGGCGCAGAAGUUUCUGAAAUCUUUGCGGGAUGAUAAAAUUCCAAAACGGCUGCCGCCUAGUAACGUGGCCAGAUUUACUGUUGAAUGGAGCGGGAAAGAUGGAAUCGAUCCAGAAUCCCAUGGAGAAUAUUUUAACCAGUUCUGUGAACAUUUCUAUAAUAAUGUGGUAAGACUUAUUGACAAUGCCAUGGCGAAGCAUGAGAAGUUAGCCAGCGACCCAGUAUAUUCAGAACCGCUCCAGCACCUGCAUUCAUGCCAGCAAUUCUGUAAGGUUUUCCAGGGCCGCGAGGAGGUGGUAGAGAAAAUCAAGGAUUAUAUUUUGGGGAAGAAUGCGUCUCACCAGCCUUUCGUAUUGUAUGGUGAAAGUGGUUGUGGGAAAACGUCAUUGAUGGCCAAAGGUGCUAGUCAGGUUCGCACAUGGUUCAAGACGACAAGGAACAUAGAACCGGUGGUCAUUUUGAGGUUUUUAGGAACCACACCGAGAAGUUCAAGCAUAAUUCCUUUGCUGACUAGUCUGUGCAAACAACUUUCGACUGUUUACCUGCAAGACCUGGAUGAAAUACCAAGCGACCUUGCUCCAUUAACACAACAUUUUAAAAAAUUGCUAUCUUUUGUGACAGAGGACAAACCUCUUGUUAUAUUUUUAGAUUCACUUGAUCAGUUAUCCGGAUCCGAGGGUGCACACCAGUUGACUUGGAUACCAACUACUCUACCAGAACAUGCUCGUUUGAUCCUGUCCACGCUACCCAACUACUUCGACCUGCUGCAAACUCUUAAAGUCCUGAUUGAAGACACCGCUAAUUAUGUUGAGGUGUUACCCCUGGGUGAAAAUCUAAGCAGUACCAUCUUGAAACUUUGGCUUAAUGACGCAAAACGAAAUGUGUCCGAAGAGCAAUGGACGGUUGUAAAUGAUGCUAUCUCACGGUGUAACCUACCAUUGUUUGUUAAAUUGGUGUUUGACGAGAUUUGUAAAUGGAAAUCGUAUACCAUGCCAAACAUGACCAAACUUUCUUUCACCAUCAAUGACAGCAUCAUGGAACUUUUUAAAAGAAUAGAAUCCAGACAUGGUAAGACACUGGUAUCUCAUGCUCUCGGUUUCAUAACGGCAACAAAGAGCGGCGUUUCUGAGGCUGAGCUCGAAGAUCUUCUCUCGUUAGACGACAAAGUGCUAAAUGACGUUUAUCAGUAUCACCUUCCUCCUGUCCGACGUAUUCCCCCGCUGUUGUGGACCAGGAUCAGGAAUGAUUUGCCAGGAUACUUGAGUGAAAAGGAAGCAGAUGGUGUCAAUGUUAUAGGAUGGUACCAUAGACAGUUCAUUGACGCAGCAAGAGAACGCUACUUUAAAAACUUGAAUUUCGUUAGAGACAUGCAUUCUAAUCUUGCUGAUUAUUUCCUUGGGACCUGGGGAGGGGGUGUACCGAAACCUUUUGAAUAUACAGAGCUACAUAGACAAAGGUUUGGUCUGUCGGAGAAGAAAGGUGAAGGAGACAGGAAAGUACCAGCACAACCAUUGAAAUUUGUUGAUAAAGACGGCCGGGUAUUUCGACACAAUCUUAGAAAACUUAGCGAACUUCCGUAUCAUCUCCUUCGAUCUCAUCGACACGAUGAACUGUACGACCAAGUUCUUUUCAACUACAAAUGGCUUCAUGCCAAGUUGAGCUCCAUGCCUCUCCAAAGCGUAUUGGCAGAUUUUGAAGAUCUUCUGCAGAGCAAAUAUGAUAAUGAUGUCAAAUUAAUCGCCGACACGAUCCGUCUGUCUAGUUCCAUUUUAAGUCAUCAUCCUGACAUGCUUGGACCACAGAUCAUUGGUCGCCUACUACCGUUUUACGGCCAUAACCCUAAAAUCCAAGCUUUGAUAGAACAGUGUGAUACUCACGGUUUAGCAGAUUGUGCUCUGGUUCCAGCUUAUCACUGUCUUCACACUCCAAGCGGUCCUUUACAAUAUUCUCUCGAAGGUCAUCCAUUCGCCCCAUUUGGAAUUGGAACUACCUCGGACGGAAAAUAUCUCGUGUCCGUGUCAAACAAGAUCAUUAUAUGGGAUUUCCACACAGGAGAAAUUAUCCGGAAUAUCACCCCAGGAAUUGGAGGCAUCAUGCAGAAUCUACACAUAUCCCCAAACGAUAAAUACUCUGUUAGUAAUACGAAUAAUAACCAAGUUGUGAUCUGUGCCAUAAAAACGGGUGAUUUUAAAGUUAUUACUGCCAAUUAUCUAGACAAACAGGAGACUAUACUUGGGAGUUAUCUGUCCAAUACACAUAUAGCUAUGUGCACUGAUAGGGCGUGGUACUUGUAUACAAUUGACGGAACAUUUAUUUCUAGACAGGAAUCAGAGUUAAAUAUGCCGGUCAUCUUUGUAAAUUUGAGCACAGGCGACUCCAAUUUUGUGGUAGUUAACAGUGGUAAAGACGAUAAUAAUGAAAUGGCCCUUGAGAGCGACGAUGGGUCUUUUGCGGCAUUCGAGUUCCAUAGUGCUAUUGCCGUGUCUAAAGAUCGUGCGACUCUUUAUGCUUGUAUUGAAAUAAGUGACAACGCAGUCGUUUUAUAUCGGAGGGAGGAGAAGGCUUGGAAAUACUCCAAAACUAUAUCCGAAAAUACUGAUAAUAUAUUUGCUAUGGCUUUAUCGUUGGAUGAAAGAUAUCUAAUCGCCACAGUGGCAAUGGGAUUUAAGCUGUGGGAUCUAAGGUCCUCAACGAGAAGGGACCUAAAACUUCCACCCGGCGCCCGAAAUAUUCCCACAAGGAAUCAAUUGACGAGUCCUGUCGUUUUUACGAAAGCGAACGAGUUCGUUGUUUCUACUGUCCGAAAAAACAUUUAUGUAUGGGAUGUAAAACAGGGUAAUUUGGUGAAAAUUCUAGAUGCUCAUUUUGGACGAAUCAUUGCAAUUUCCGCCGUUUCGGCAAGUUGUAACAUUAUUAUCUCAGCAUCUAUUGACAAAACCAUCAAAGUUUGGAACUUUGAUAAAAUCUUGGAAGACGUCCAUCCAAUAGAUAGGCUUGAAAAGCCAAUCGAAACCCUCGACAUGGCGUCUAACACGGACCUGUGUGUAAGCACUACUAGAAAUAUGGUGGCUGUAUGGAAUCUGUUAACCGGUCGUCUAGAAAAGACAUUUACCAGUAAUGCUAGAGGAUCGGUUAUAACAAAUGCCGUGAUUACAAAAGAUGGAAAAUACGUCAUAUCAAUAGAAUCUGGCAAUGCUGUAUUGUGGGAAUUAUCUCAAGAUACAGCACUGACUUCACUUCCUAUCGGCGACGUGCAACACAUAUUACUCUAUGACGGUGACAGUCGCGUGUUAGCGCUAUCCAAAUCGCCAACAGGGAAAGGAUUGUGUGUUUGUUUUAGUAUUCCGGAUACAGAAUUUAUUUUCAAAUUCGAAUACAACGUGAAAAAUUUUCGCGCGCCAAUAUUAACUAAAGACGAGUUGAAUCUAGCAGUUCCCGCCAUGGAUAAAAGUGGUGACGUAAUUGGUGUAUAUCACGCGAAGGUGGGAACAUUAAUGUACAAUUUGCAACUAAAAUAUAACAAUUAUAAAGAUUACACCCAUCUUGUGUCACUACCCCACGACUCACAAUUUAUAGCCGUCAUAGACUCAGAGAAGGCCAACAUAUUAGACUUAAAGAAAAAGACACUAGUGCGAUCAGUUUAUAAAUGGAACGGUGUGGCGACAUCUAACGGGAAAACAGGCUUUGAUGCUCCUAGUCGAGGAGGGUUGCAACUCAUUGACACCAAGUCGGGAAAAAAUGUAAGAACUCUCAUACCCAGAGUAGCAGAGGGGGUGUUCUCAAUCGACGUAAUGUUUACAAAAAAUGACAAACAUAUCUUAUAUUAUCAUUCCGGUCAUAAGACAAUUCGUGUGUUUAGAAUUUCAGACGGUAAAAAGAUUGCUACAUUCAAACCUCAAGCGGAAGUCAAGGUGAUGGUGGGUAAUGAUGACGGUACUAAAAUUGCCAUAGGAACGGUUGACGGCAGCGUCACCUACCUGGCACUUGCUGAUCCCGAUGACGAAGGAAGUGGCGAACUAAUAAAAUCACUGCCCAGUCGACAAGUUCACGCGAAGAGUAACACUUCUUUAAAGUUUAACGCUAACGGUGAAGUAAUAAAUAGCAAAAUUGCCAUGGGAACGGCGCUACAGGUCGCACGAUUCGUGGCCAAGGCUCGCGGUGCACAGAAAUCACAGGCUUGUGUUAUAUCGUAACUUAAAAGAAACACGUGGUUAAUUCCCUUGAAACCUAACUAUAAAACCAAAUGGAUGAUAAAACGUAGGCCUAUGCAUCAUUCAGUUUGAAGCAUAUGUUUAAAAAAUCAUAAAAAUUCAACGUUACUCAAAUUAAUCUUCGGUGAUACACUUGUUCAUUUCAAUUUCUGCUCAAUAAUCUACUGGUAAGGGGGAAUAACUCCAUUUAUGAAACUUGAAAACAACAUGGGUAUAGACCACAAUUAAUUCUUCAUUCCUGUCAAUUUUGAAUACCCAGAGACGGAUCAACUAGGGGUUCCUGAGGUCCCAGAAGUCACAUGGCUAAAAGGGUGGUACAGAAAAUAAAAAUAACACAAACAAAGAUAUUUUAAAAUAAGCCUCAAAACUUACUGAUACCUUGUGAGUUGUUUACACGGUUGGUAAUAGCGUAUUUUACUAAUAAAUAUAAAACAAAUAUGGCUCAAAAACAAUUCACCACGAUCUUAUUUCUUCUUUGAUUGGGGGUCCCCAUUAAGAUUCCGUGCCUACAUGUCCCCAAGGGUCUUAAUCUACAAGUUCCAGCAGACGUAUCAGAUUUGUAAAAUGUCGUUGGAAAGUACAGUAAGGUUUCAUUUUGAUUAUGGGUAGAUGCUGUUCUUUCGAGAAUUUCCCAAAAUGUCAUACAUGUUUACGCUCUUAUACAUUUGCCUGGAAAUCAUGAAUAAUAAGCAAAAUUCAACCCAUUUUUAACAUUAAUUAGCUAGUUUGCUGGCAUACAGACCCCAAAACUAGAAUUUUGCUUUAAACUAAAACAGUUUGGAUAUGAUGACCAAAUCUUAUAGUGCUACGGUAGAUGUAUUUUCUGUCUAUUAAAUAUUAUUA